AUGUCUUCCGUGGGAUUUAUUGGUCUGGGCAACAUGGGAUUGCCCAUGAGCAUCAAUCUGGCGACGGCGAAUGAUAGCAAGAUGGAUGUGAUUGCCUUUGACGCCAAUCCAACGGCGCUGAAUUUGGCCAAGGAGGCGGGAAUGCGCACGGCAAGCUCUGUGGAAGAAAUUGGAGCCUCCAAUUGUUCUGUCAUUAUUACCAUGCUACCAGGAUGUCAGGCCGUGGAUGCAGUCACUCCUAUGCUGCUGGAAAGCUGUGAUCCAAAUGCAUCUACACUCUUUGUGGAUUGCUCCACGGUCCACCCCUCGACGAGCCGGCGAUGGAAUGAAGAGCUAAAAGAAAAAGGUCACACCAGAAUGGAUGCUCCCGUCUCUGGUGGUGUCAAGGGAGCGACCGAUGGGACACUAACCUUUAUGGUGGGCUGUGACGACCCCGCCACCCUCCAACAUGCCCAACCACUUUUGGAUAUCAUGGGACAACGUUCCAUUCAUUGUGGAACCGCCGGCGCUGGAUCCGCCACGAAAUUGUGCAACAAUCUCGCACUGGCGGCACAAAUGCUCGGGAUUUGCGAAGCCAUGAAUUUGGGAGAAAGUCUCGGCGUCGAUCCCAUUGUGCUCGCACAAGUUAUGAACACGUCCACGGCCAAAUCCUGGUCGUGCGAAGUCAACAAUCCACAUCCCGUCGUUGCCACUGACAGAGGCACUGGCGCGGCAGCCAAUCGGUACGAAGGUGGAUUUGGAUCCAAACUCAUGCAAAAAGACUUGAGUUUGGCCGUCAGUGCCGGUGCCGAUGCGGGUGUCGCACUGCCCGUGGGAGUCUUGUCCAAGGAAUUGUACCAUAUGGCAACAUUGCAUGGUUUGGGAGACAAGGAUUUUGGUGUCAUGCUGCAGUUUCUUCGUGGACAGAAACCGUAG